AUGGCUAGAAGCGUAAUCGCGAGGAUCAAGGCCACUACGACGCAUUGGUCCGGACCAUUACCAAGGGACAACAUCGAACCCACCUUGAGGUGUAGGCCUGAGCCCACCUCACAAUCUAGUAGCCGAAGCCACCGCUCCUCUUCAUGGCCUUAG